UCCUUUUCCCCUUUGGAUUUCAUUUCGUUCGCAAUUGAAUUUCAAUUUCCCAAAGGGCCUUAAUAUUUCCUCGCAUUUUUUCCGUAUGUCAUAGUGCAAACUAACGAACACCCCUUAUUUCUCUCUCUUCCUUUUCCUCUCUCUCGCUAUCUCUCCCAAACCCUACCUUCUCAACCCCAUUUUCCACCUUCUGCUCCCGUCAUGAAAGGUGCAAAGUCCAAAGCCGAAUCCAAGAGAGGCGAUGCCAAGCUUGCCGUGAAUAAGAAAGGAACUCCGGCCACGAAGGGCGGUAGGAAAACCGGCAAGGGAAAAGCCGCCAAAGACCCUAACAAGCCAAAGAGGCCACCGAGUGCUUUCUUCGUUUUCAUGGAAGAAUUUAGGAAACAGUUCAACAAGGAUCAUCCUGAAAACAAAGCAGUAUCUGCUGUGGGCAAGGCUGCUGGAGCUAAAUGGAAACAAAUGUCUGAUGCUGAAAAAGCACCUUAUGUGGCAAAGUCAGAGAAACGAAAGCAGGACUAUGAGAAGAACAUGAGAGCCUACAACAAAAAACAGGCUGAAGGUCCUACUGGUGGAGAUGAAGAGGAAUCAGACAAAUCAAUAUCCGAGGUCAAUGAUGAAGAUGAUGAUGAGGAAGGAAGCGGCGAGGAAGACGAUGACGAGUAGGAGCUGGACUGAGAGUAGUAUCUAUCCUAGGUUGUUUUGGUGAUUCGAUCGUCUUCUGUAGAUGGGUCUCAUCACUUGCUGAUAAACAUGUUUCGUUCUUCCAGAAAACGUAUUCCUGCUCCCUCAGUAAAUUUGUUUUGCCUUUUCAGAAAAUGAAAUAGCUACAAAAGGGAGCCCAUCUUUAUUUGUACCUUUGGAUUCAACUAUUUAGUUAAGGGGUGUUUAUCUCUUUUAGAGAGAUUGUAUCUUUUCAUGAUGAAAUCUACUUACGUUUGUAUCAAUAUAAUUGGCUUAUCCUUUCCGUCA